UUCCGCGUUUUCAUUACAGUCUCUACAGCAGCCAUCACUCGAAAUGACCCUAUUAGAGAGCACCCUCACUCGGUGGUAGUGACUGAGGGAGGGUGGGCACACUUCACAUGUGCUAUCAAACUCCCUGGAAUGAUACGGUGGAGGAUUGGAGACUUUGAGAAUAAUGCCAGUGUCUACAACAGUUUGAACACAGAAGAGCAAUACAGGGGAAAUGAUUUAAGAGUGGAGCAAGCUUGGCUGCAGGGGUUAACCGGCUGCAACAUCACUGUUUCUGUUGUCGAUGACGGAAUAGACUUCCGACAUCCUGACCUAUGGCCUAACUUUGCUCCUUCUGCCUCCUUUGACCAUCUGGCAGGAGAAAACUACCAACAUCGUCAUGGUACCAGACGUUGUGGAGUAGUCGCAGGAGCACAAGACAAUUCUACUUGUGGUGUGGGUGUUGCGCACCAGUGCAAUCUUCGAAGUAUAAAACUGUUGGAUGGUGGUGGUAGAACUGACUUGGAAGAAGCAGAGGCUCUGUCAUAUGCUGUGGACAUUAUUGAUGUGUACAGCAACAGUUGGGGGCCAUAUGACACUGGAGCUCAUGUCAGUGGUCCUGGGACUCUGACGCAAGAUGUCUUCAAAAUGGGUGCAACUAUUGGCCGGAAUGGGAAGGGAUCAAUAUACGUAUGGGCUGGUGGAAAUGGAGGAGAUGAAGAUGACUGUGGAUAUGUUUCCAGUAUAUACACCAUAGCUGUUGGGGCUAUUGGAGUGGAUGGUCAUGCUAGUAGUUUUGAUGAGCAAUGUUGUGCCAAGAUGGUUGUAGCUUAUGUGACUAAUAAAAAUGGACACAUGGCAAUUGUAACAACAGACCCAGGGAGAAAAUGUACCUUGAAAUUUGGAGGCACAAGUGCAGCAACUCCAAUGGUGUCAGGAGCUAUUGCUUUAGCUCUUGAGGUCAAGUAA